UUCUUUCGAUCCGUGCAACGACUAGAGCUAGAGGCAGGCCAAGGCGGACAAUGUCGGGUUCAAGCUCACGCACAGCGGUAGCAGCCUCACAACAGGACUUCACUAGUGGUGACGGCCCAGGAUCGAUGCCCACAGCUGGAGGCCGAUCAGGAAGAGGGUUUGGCGGCGCUACGUCUGGAGGUAAGCACGGCCGAGAAGAUGCUGUCGGCGCUGGGACAGGCCCGGAGCCUGCGGGAACUGGUUCUGAGGAGCGGAUGCAGGGACGAGGAGGUGGGGGGAUAGUGAGAGGGUUCUCCUGUCAACAAGUCGCUACAUACACUCACCCUCGACCUCAGAGAGUGCAGCGACCACGGAGCAACCUACUUGUCUGAACUGAUCCAGAGACGCCCAGUAUCAAACCUGACUCUGAUGCGAAUAACGUCACAGCGUGGGGGCAGAGGUUCUGGCUGGAGCCCUCCCUUCCUCUCCCCUCCUCUCUCUCACUCUCUACGCCACCCAGAUGGAUCUAACACGACUGCUGUUUGGGGACGAUGGGGCGCGGCUCUUGCUUGCCCUCCCCCACUGCACAAAAACACACCUCACACGCAUUCGUCUCAGCACAGAGUGGGAUUACUCCGGACUGGGUUGGAGUAUUACUCUCCCAAUCACGGAGGAAAACCCAGAAUCACGUCCCUCAAAUCUCCUCUCAUGUCAUCAACGGAGUCGGGGCGGCCAGCAUCUCACGUUUCCUCUCUACAACGUCUCAUCUCCAACAGUUGAAUCUCAGUGAGAACCACUACAUUGGGGACGAGGGAGCGAGAGAACUAGCGUUGAGUCUCUCCCACAACUCUUGUCUCGAGGUCCUAUGUCUCAAGUCUUGUGGUAUAGGUCAGAGUGGAGCCAAGAGGUUUGCCGAUCCUCUCGCUCAAAACACCAGUCUCAAGUCCUCAAUCUAUGUGGGACUGGUGAGAUUGGGGACGACGGUGUGGAGAUGAUUGCCAGGGGAUUGAGGGGCAACUCGGGGCUCCGGAGCUGGACUUUGUCGUCGUGCGGGUGACAGAUGAGGGGUGUGCUCACCUUGCCCGGCGCUCUGAGCACCACCGGCACGACUCUCACUCACUCACUCUCCACAGAACUGCAUCAGUGACGGAGGACUGUUUCACACUGGCUCACUGCCUCACAAAAACAGUAGUCUGUUGGUCCUGGUGUUGUCAGAGAACCCAGUGGGAGAGAAAGGAGUCACCGCACUGGGCAAGGCUCUGGAGAUGAACACCACUCUCACCUCUCUGGUCCUGGGAGCUGCAGGAGGAGGAGAGAGAGGAUCCCGGUCCCCCUUCCCUAGAGACUCAGAGAGUAGGAAGCUGGCAGGCACCGAGACAAGCAGGUCUCCAGUGGAAGCCAGAGGAGAAGAGGGAGGGAGGAGGGGGAAGGGAGCGCUACAGAUGUUACCAGAGGGAAGCCCUGAGUCCUCGUCCUCUACCCUGGCACUGGUGGAGGCUCUGGUCUCCAAGAACAGGAGACUGGCUGCCUACAAAGAGACCAUCAGAGAACUGAGAGAGAGAGUAAAGAUUUUAGAGGAAAAGAAUACUAGGUAGUUUUCGCUAUAUACGUGGAAAGCUUGCCUGACUAAACUCAGAAGGAUUGCAACAAACAUAAUAAAUGUAAUUGCCUAGAGAUCAUGAAUGUACAAGCAGAGUCACAGACCACCCAUAAUAAUAUUAUCACAAACAGCCCCGGAGACAGAUCUAUAUUAUAAGU